UAAAUAAUUGAAAAUUAUGGAAUAAUAAAGAGAAUAAACCCAGAAUGAUAUUCUUAUCGAAAAAGAUAUAGUAAAAUCAUAUAAAUAUGACAGUUUAAAAUAACAUUAAAUUUGGGCAUAUGCAACUGGUCAUUUUUUUAAUGAUUUAUGUGCUGCAUGUUGGUUUAAUUAUCUAAUAUUAUAUUUAACUCAAGUUUUGGAAUUUAAAGAAGCUUCAUAUUCUAUAUUAAGUGGUUAAUUAUUUGAUGCUAUAGCAACCCCAUUAGUAGGUUAUUUUUCGGAUAAAACGAAUACAUUUAUGGGUAAAAGGACUCCUUGGUAUUUAUUUGGAUUUAUAUUAGUAAUAAUAUCAUUUAUUCCAAUAUGGGCGAAUUCAAUAUUUAUAAAAAUAUUUCCACCAUUAAAUGAUAAUUACAGUUUUUAAUUAUUUUUUUAUACAUUUUUCCCUUCAAUUUUCAAUGUGGGUUGGGCCGCUGUUCAAAUAUCACAUAUGUCGCUAGUUCCUUCACUAACAUGUUCAAGAUAUCGCCGAGAUAUAUUGAAUACACGGAGAAAUACAUUUACUUUUGUUGCUAAUCUAGUCGUAUUAUUAUUAGCUUUGAUAUUUUCGAAAACUAUAAAUGACGGAAAAUAAUAAUUUCAAGCUUUAGGAUUUACAUGCGCAGGAAUAGGAAUUUUAACUUCACUUUUUUUCCUUUUUUAUUGCAGAGAAGUCUAAUUAACUAAAGAAUGUACUAAUUAUGCUAGAAAUUUAAAGGAAAUUUUGAAAGAAAGAGAAGUAAAAAAUAACCUUGAAUUAAACAAGGAAUCUUAAAAUAAAGACGAUUCUUCUUUUUAAAGAAAAUAAGAAAAAGGAGAUUAGUGCGUUUUGGAUAAAAAUGGAGGAAUUGCCGAUGACUUGAUGCUUUCAGAAGAUGAAGAAUUAAAUUAAAAUAAGGAAAUAUUAAAAAAAACCAAAAGGGCAGAAUCACUAUCAGAAAAUAUUAUCGAUUGGAAAUAAUGGUUUAAGUAAGUCCAAUUUUACUAAUAUGGCAUCGCAUAUAUGGGAACACGUCUUUUUUGCAAUGUAAUAAGCACAAUGUUGAACUUUUACUUAAUUUAUGUUAUAAAAGUAAUCAAAAAUGACAACAAAAGUUUUAAUUUACCCUUCUAAUUGGUACUUAUUUCUUUAUUGCUUUAUAAUUCUUCUGUUUUUGCAUCAUUUUUCCUCAAUUUUUUAUAUUAAAAAAUUGGAAGAAAAUAAACAUUCACUCUUGGAGUUGUUCUUAUGGGAGUCUCUGAAGUUGCUCUGGCUUUUAUGAAAGCUGAUGACGGAUUUUCUAAUUACUUUAUAUAUGUUAUUGCGGCUAUUAGCGGAUUUUCUUAAGCAAUUUAACUUAAUACUGCUAUUAAUCUUAUAUCAGAAGUCAUUGGUUUAAGAGGAGCUGGAGGUGCUUUUGUUUUUGGUAGUUACAGCUUCCUGGAUAAAAUUUCUACAGGUAUAGUUCUUUUUAUUAUUACUGAAAGUUCACUUUUUAAAGAUGGAAAUGAGAGUUUUAUUAGAUGGGUUACUGUUAUUGUUCCUAUAGCUUCGAGCAUUUUGUCAUGGAUACUCAUUAUGGUUGGAAAGGCUAAAGAUUAUGACGAUAAAAAUAAAAAUAAAAAUAAAAAUUAAAAGAUUGCUAGGUUUUCAUUAGCUGAUGAAUUCGCAAGUUGAUUUAUUUUAAUAUGAUAUUAAUUAAUACUUAUAAUAUAUUGUAUUUUUGUGUAAAAUUGUAAUUUA